GCAACUAGUCUACUACUACUACUACUACUACUGCUAACCGGGUGUUUGCGGUGGACAUACAUAUAUGACUACAAGUACUACUACUACCACUGCUUCAGCAGCAGCGGCGGCGGCUACUACUACACCGUGGCGGCCAAACCCCGAACUGAUGACCCAAUUAACCGAUAUGGGUAUCAGUGCGGUAGCGGCCAAAAAAGCACUGUACUAUACGGAUAACCAAUCGAUAGAAUUGGCCACCAAUUGGAUAUUUGACGGCAACAGAAGCGGUACUCACGAUUUGGACACACCGUUAGAACUGGAAUUGGGUGUCGAAACUGUGGUCACACCUACUGCUACUACUACUACUGCCAGCAGUGCCGCCGCAGCCGCCGGUAGUCGAGGAGGAAUCGGUAUACGCGGCGAACCAGUGGGCGCUCCGUCCGCUGCCGACAGCGAUUCACGGACUGCUACUACCAUCGGCUCCGGUGGUGGAGGUGUAGGAGGAGGAGGUGGUGGUCAAGAGGUCUACAAAAUGGUAUUCAUUGUAAACUCAUCCCUACAGAUGGGUGUCGGCAAAAUUGCUGCACAGGUAGCUCAUGCAGCACUCGGUAUGCAUGGGCUACUCCUACAGGACGAACCCAAGUUCGGUGUAUCCUUAAUCCGAUGGUCAGAGUUUGGCGAAACCAAGAUUGUACUCAAAGGCGAAUCCACUCAACAUCUGGUCGAACUGGAAAAACGGGCCUUGAGUUCGGGUUUACCAACAUAUCUGGUCCAGGAUGCGGGUAAAACACAGGUCAAUGCCGGCUCUACGACUGUCCUCUGUCUGUACGGUAGUACCGAUACGGUUGACUCGGUGUCCGGCGAUUUGCGGCUUCUGUGAGACCGCGAGUGAGAGAGAGAGAGAGAGAGAGAGAUAAGUCUCGGCCAACCUUACCGUAGGAAAGGGUUGUUUUUUUUAUUGUGUAUGUUAUCCCCAAACUAGAGUGUUGUUUAGGUUUUGUUUAUAGUUUCGGUUAUUUAAUGAUAGAGAGAGAGAGAGAGAGGAAAGAGAGAGAGAGAGAGAGAGGAAAGAGAGAUAGAGAGAGAGAGAGAGAGAGAGUCCGAAUAUAUAUAUAACACUCUAUGUCUAUACAGUUAUCCAUUUAUUAAAAAAUAAUU